AUGGCUGCUUCAACUACUAUUGUUACUACUACACUUUCAAGUUCAUGGGUUAAGCCCAAAAUCUACACUUCAUCAUCAAAAUACUUGGGCUCUUCUUCAAAUUCUCUCUCUUUCAACAAACCCAAUAGACAACACUCCAUUGAUUUCUCUCUCCAAACUCCUUCAAUCCCCCAUUGCCCAAAGCAAUCUUCAAAAACUUAUCAAACAUCUAGUCCAGUUAUCGCCACCACCAUUCCCACAUACCCAAAUCAAACCUCUUCUUCAUCUUCAUCUUCGUCAAUCCAACAAUGGAAUUAUAUUCAGAAAGCGGCAGCAAUGGCCCUAGACGCAGUGGAGAGCGCAUUAACGGAGCGCGAGCUUGAGCACCCCUUGCCAAAAACAGCUGACCCUCGAGUCCAAAUCGCCGGAAACUUCGCUCCAGUACCAGAACAACCAGUCCGGCAGUCACUUCCGGUCAACGGAACAAUACCCGAAUGCGUACAAGGCGUCUAUGUCCGGAACGGCGCCAACCCUUUAUGUGAACCAGUCGCCGGCCACCACUUCUUUGAUGGCGACGGCAUGGUCCACGCCGUCCAAUUCAAGAACGGUUCAGCCAGCUACGCUUGUCGAUUCACCGAGACCCAAAGACUCGUCCAAGAACGAGUGUUAGGCCGUCCUGUGUUCCCCAAAGCCAUCGGUGAACUCCAUGGCCACUCCGGAAUAGCUAGACUUCUACUCUUCUAUGCUCGUGGACUGUUCGGCCUUGUUGAUCACAGUCACGGCACCGGAGUGGCCAACGCCGGCUUGGUUUACUUCAACAACCGCUUGCUCGCCAUGUCUGAAGACGACUUGCCAUACCAUGUUCGAGUCACUCCCUCCGGCGACCUUCGAACUGUGGAAAGGUACAACUUUGAUGGUCAUCUCAAGUCCACCAUGAUAGCUCACCCGAAGCUCGACCCAGUUUCCAGCGAACUCUUUGCUCUGAGCUACGACGUAAUCCAGAAACCUUACCUCAAAUACUUCAAAUUUUCUGAAAACGGAAACAAAUCACCAGACAUUGAAUUCCCAGUUUCUGAGCCAACUAUGAUUCAUGACUUUGCGAUCACUGAGAAUUUUGUGGUUGUUCCUGAUCAGCAAGUUGUGUUCAAGAUUUCCGAAAUGGUCCGCGGUGGCUCUCCGGUGGUGUAUGACAAGAACAAGGUGGCUAGAUUUGGUGUUCUUGACAAAAAUGCUAAAGACUCUUCUGGGAUCAAAUGGGUUGAUUGUCCUGAUUGCUUUUGUUUUCAUCUUUGGAAUGCUUGGGAAGAGCCUGAAACUAAUGAGAUUGUUGUGAUUGGGUCAUGUAUGACUCCACCGGACUCCAUUUUCAAUGAAUGUGAAGAAGGUUUACAGAGUAUUUUAUCAGAAAUUCGACUCAAUUUGAACACCGGAAAGUCCACUCGCCGGCCAAUUAUCACAAAUCCGGCCGAUCAAGUGAACUUGGAAGCAGGGAUGGUGAAUAGAAACAAGCUCGGAAGACAAACCAAGUAUGCAUAUCUUGCCAUAGCUGAGCCAUGGCCUAAAGUCUCUGGUUUUGCUAAAGUAGACCUUUCAGAUGGUGAAGUGAAAAAGUAUAUCUAUGGAGAUGAAAAAUAUGGGGGUGAGCCUCUGUUUCUUCCAAGAGACCACCCCAAUUGUGAAGAAGAUGAUGGGUAUAUUCUCGCGUUCGUCCACGACGAAAAGGCAUGGAAAUCCGAGUUACAGAUCGUUAAUGCCAUGAAUUUGAAGCUAGAGGCAUCGAUUGAGCUUCCAAGUAGAGUACCAUAUGGGUUUCAUGGCACAUUUAUAAGUGCAAAAGAUUUGGAAAAUCAGGCCUAA